UGGGAUGCAUCACUUGGGCGUUGCAUAUUCUCCUCCAAUUUUUCUAGUCUACUAGAAGAAAUUAGUCGCGGAAGACUUUGCGUAUUAUGGGCUUCCGGCCAGCUACAACAGCCCAUCCAGUUCCGGCACCUCCCUUUUAUAUAUACCCCGCUCAAGCCACUGCAUUCUCGCCCUCUUGGCUUCUAGUACUACCCUGCAAACACACACGCCUAUCGCCUAAUUCCCUUUUGUUCUUCGAUCGAUGGAGAACGCGCCGACGUCGCACGCUCAUGGCGUCAGCCUGGACCUGAGCCUGGACCCUUCGCCGCUCCAUCGCCGCACCACCGUGCCCGCCGCCGACCACCGCCCGGGGGAGCCGUUCGCGUGCAACUACUGCCACCGCAAGUUCCACAGCUCGCAGGCGCUGGGCGGCCACCAGAACGCGCACAAGCUCGAGCGCACCCUGGCCAAGCGCAGCCGGGACAUCCUCGCCGCCGCGCCGCCACCGUCGUCCCCGGCCGCCGUCUUCCACCAUGCCGCGGCGCCGGAAAGCAGCAGCAACACGAGGAGCGACCUCGUGCCGCCGGCGGCCACGUCGUCCUACUACGACGCCACGGCGCCGCAGCAGCAGGCGGCGCCACCGGGCGUCGUGAUGGGCUGGGGCGUCGUCGACACGGCGGCCGCUGAUGGCGGCUGCGGCCGCCUCGGCCUCGGCCUCGGCCACGCCCAUGGCCGGAACCCGGAGGAGAUCGAUUUGUCGCUCAGGCUCUGAUCAGAUGCUUGCAUGCAUGCUUAGCUUUGUUGAUUAGCUGUUGCGUGCCGCCGCAUCUGGCGCUUCAUCUCCUUCGAUUCUCAGGCCGGCCGAUCCGGCGCAAGUCGUCUUAGCUAAUCAGGUGCUCUAAGCUCUGACGUGCGUAUGUAUAUGUAUAGCUGCAGGUCUAUAUAUAAUUCAUGCAAUAACUAAUCUUAUUAGAUCUAUUUAUAGCUAGACCAUUCCAUAUAUAUGGUCUCAUUUA